AUGGAGCGGGAGGGCGGCGGCCCGGGGCCCCCCGCGCCCCACGAGCCCAUCAGCUUCGGCAUCGACCAGAUCCUGGGCGGCCCCGAGCCCACGGGGCCGCACCGGGCGGCGGCAGAGCCCGACUACGGGCUCUACGGCAGCGGCUACGGCCCCACCGGUCCGCUCGGCUCCUACAACCUCAACAUGAGCAUGAACGUGAGCGUGAACGUGACCCCCGCGCCCGCCGCGCCUCCCGCCGGAGUCAUCCGCGUCCCGGCGCACCGGCCCGCGCCCGCCCCGCCGCCCGCCGCGCCCGCCGCGCCGCCGCCGGGGCCCGCGCUGCCGGGGCUCACGUUCCCGUGGAUGGAGACCACGCGGCGCAUCGCCAAGGACCGGCUCUCAGCCGCGCUGUCGCCCUUCGCGGUGACGCGGCGCAUCGGGCACCCGUACCAGAACCGGACGCCGCCCAAGCGCAAGAAGCCGCGCACGUCCUUCUCCCGGGUGCAGAUCUGCGAGCUGGAGAAGCGCUUCCACCGCCAGAAGUACCUGGCCUCGGCCGAGCGUGCCACCCUGGCCAAGGCCCUCAAGAUGACGGACGCCCAGGUCAAGACCUGGUUCCAGAACCGCCGCACCAAGUGGAGGCGUCAGACGGCGGAGGAGCGCGAGGCCGAGCGGCAGCAGGCCAACAGGCUGAUGCUGCACCUGCAGCAGGAGGCUUUCCAGAAGAGCCUGGCACAGCCGCUGCCCCAGGACCCGCUCUGCAUGCACAACUCCUCCCUCUACGCCCUGCAGAACCUCCAGCCCUGGGCCGAGGACAACAAGGUGACGUCGGUCUCUGGGGUGGCCUCUGUGGUGUGA